GUGAUUCAGUGUGUGACUUUUAUGAAUUGAUGCGUUGCAGUGUUUUGGAAUGUUAUGGAUCUACUAGGUGUACGAUCAACGUGUUUUAAGUGUGGGCCAUGCAGACCAAAAUGGAUGAAAAUGGUUGAUAAUUUGUAUUCUGGCAGCCCUCAGGAUACUAAUAACCAUAAUAAACUCAUACAUUAUUGCUUACACCAGCCUGAUAAGCUGGAUCGAAUUGCCAAGUACUUGCACCUGAGACUCUCACAGGAUCUCAGUAGGCGUUAUGAUCAAAAUAUAUCGAUAUCCGUCAAAGCUAUUGACAAACUAAUCCAAGUUUGUCAUGGUCACAGACUAGUUCUGGCUAUUAGUUUUUUGAAAAUGAUUCAACUACUUCUGGAGACUAAUCGCAUGGACCUACAAAUAAUGGCGUCUAAGUCGUUUGUAGAGUUUUCUAAGAUAGACGAUGAUUCUCCCAACUAUCACAAGGAAUGCAAUGAGAUUCUUGACCAUUUUGCUGCUAUGGCUCACGCAUCUUUUCUCAACCCACAAGAGCGUAAUGCUGUCAGAGUGGCAGGUAUACAAGGAAUCCAAGGUGUUGUUCGUAAAAUGGUCAGUGAUCAACUGAUAUUGGAAGUUCACGAGUCGAAUAUGGACAAAAUCGUACUUCCACUCCUAUUCAAUAUGUGUGAUAAGUUUGAACUAGAUUCCAAUUCAAAUGAAUCGCAAUGUGAUCCUUCACAAGAAGCUGUAUAUGUGUUCGAAGAUAUUGUUAGACAAGCUUCUUAUACAAAUAUCAAACCUGUGGUAACAUCUAUUUUAACGCAUUUAGAUAAUCAUAAAUUGUGGGAUCCUUGUGAUUUUCCUUUACUCAUAUUUCAAUAUCUUUUGGAUUCACUCAAGACAACUCAGGUGGCGCAUAGUUUAGUCAAACAAUUAGUUGCUCAUCUCAGCUUACAUGAAUCCGACUUCACAUUGUCUGAACGUACAAGUUUAGUUCAGGUUAUCGGACUAGUUGUAAUUAGCUUAGCAAAGGGAGCGAUCGGACCAGAUGUAUUUCAUAAUUUCAAAUCAUUACUUCAAAUCUUAAAAGCCAGUAUUGAUAAAACUUCACAAAUAUCUGAUCCCGAAAAACCUUCAUUUAAUGAUUCCAAUCGAAAAUUAUCUGGUGAACGUCAGUUUCAAGAGGCAAUUAUCAAUACCAUAGCCGAAUUUGCCAAAAAUCUUCCAGACACGCAAAAAAUAGAAAUAUUGAAAUUUAUAUUGAAUUUUGAGCCAAUGGUUAAUUAUCAUCCAGAGUAUGGUGAUCGUCCGAAACCGUUAAUUAUGGUCCUAUUACAAACUAUGCUAACUGUCGCCACACAAUAUAAAACAGUUGCUAUAUCGAACGCAUUGAAUUCGGACUUUCUAAAUCUUUUAUUACGUGGUGUCGCUAUUGAUCCAGAUCCCGUCAUACGAAUAAUUGUACAAAAAAUACUACAUACUUUAAUUGAUCGACAUGGGAAUACAGAACAGUUGUUGACUGUUCGUAUUUACGGUGAGAAUGGAUUAAGCAAUUAUUUCAUUUUGGAGAAGCCAGAAAGACAAGAUAUUUUAUUCAUGAAAAAGACUGGUGUGUUAUUCAUUGAAAAUAUCUAUCAUCAGUUAUUAGAUCCUAGUAACAAAGUAGACAAUUUAGAAUAUCUGUCAUGCACUGUUGGGUUGGUUGCAUUAGAAAUGGGUGCAGAACAGGUUAUUACAGAAUUGUUUCGUUUAAUCUUGGCAGUUCAAACAAAAAUCAUUGAUGAAAAUACUUAUAUGCCGUUAACACAUCGCUGUGCUUUACAUGCAUUAUUAGCUAGUACAAUAACACUACUUGUUCAGUUGAUUAAUCUUCAAUCACUUAGUGAACAUAUUUAUACUGUUAUUCAACGUCGAAGAGACAUAGCACCGUGGUUACUGCCUUCUGUUGCAUUUAAUCGAACAAAUACUGUGGAUAGCUAUCCAACUGAAUUUGAAAUAAAUGAUGAUCUAUUGUUUUCAUCAGAUAAAAUAACUGAAUCACUAGUAAAUGCUGGUUAUGAUACUACAGUUUUGUCAAUUCCUUAUAAUCCGAUUUAUUUACGAUUAUAUGAUGGCAAAUCUCCUGAUCCACUUAUCGAUGGUACCAAUUAUCCACGUGUAAGCGGUAAUGAACAUUUUACUAAUCAAUCAGUGUGUUAUGGUACUGUUGAUGAUAAAAAUUCCAGUAUUGUGAACUCGGCUCCUGGUGCACGUAUGAAUUCAACAUGUUUAGAUGGAACAAUGCUAUGUCGUGAAAGCAGUCUUGUAGAAAGCGGUACAUGCUUUGCUCAAUCUGGAAGUAGUUUUUCGCUAACUGAUAGCCUUUAUUCAGUGGCAGAUUCAACUAAUGUAAGUAUUAUCAUGGUUGAUGUUGUAUUUAUAUAAAGGUUUAACACAAACUGAAGAUAAAUUUUAUCGCGAUCGGCGAAUGUUUGCCAACAGAGAGACAUGUUUUUACUUUAUUUCCAGUACGUAAUGAGACCUCAGUAAUACACAAUGAUAAUUCCAUACAGUCUAACGCUGAACACCUUCAAAUCUCAACAAAAAGUAAUCUAUUCUGUUAAUCAGUCAUGCCUUUUCCAAAUAUAAAAUUUCUAGCGUUUUAUUUCAUAUAUUGUGGCGUGCAAAGUCAACGAAGUUGAAUAUGAAAGAAAGUAAUAAGCAGUUGACACUGAAUAAAUCAAAUUAAUCCCUAUUAAUUUUAAAUUGUUCAAAUUCCCCCUCUUCAAUAACAUACUAAGUUUUUCAUUGUGAAACCUGCGUCAGCCCUCAUGGAUACGAUCCUUCACAGAAGAUUAUCGAUGUGUACUAUUGAUAAGUUCAAACCUAUUGUAACUUGGGUCAACUGAAGUUUUUACUGAGCUCCACGUUGAUUAUUGCUGAUUGACCUGUCACUUUGUUUGAUUAUCCAAUUUGUUUUGUCUUGAAAAGUAUCUGUCUCCAAAUCUUUUGAGUUCAUAUAUAGACACACAAAGUGACUGAGGAAAAAUGUCAACAAGUAAACAAUUCAUCAAGGUCGAAUGAUUUUUCGAAAAGAAUGUACUGCACUAUAAAACAAGUUUUGAAGAAAAGAAAUUCUUAUUUAAUACAUAAAAGAAAAUUAUAUUUGUGAAAUUUUCAACAGUUGAAAUUAAGAAUAAUUUCAAUGUUCCCCGUGACAGUUUGGUCUUCUUCAGCAAAUAACUAAAGAACGAAAUUGUAAAACAUAAAUAGGGUUCACAGAACAACUAUACCAAAACAUUGUCCAAUCCUGUUAAAAUGGUGGAUUUGGAUUCUGUUAGUUGUGAAUAUAAAUCUUUGUAUGUCCACAAAUAUCCCUCGAAAUAGUUUCCAGUGUCCCGGGAAAAGACUGAAAAUGUUUUGUCCACCUACUAUUGACUAGAAACUUCUAAACAUCUAGAAAAAUAAAGAUUGGAUAAUGACCUAGAUUUUUACUAUAUCCAGUUGUGGAUGACUAAGGUCACAUGAAAGUAUGUAAUUACAUUGCAUGUUCUAUACAGAAUUAUGCUUGUAGUAAAGCUGCUACUGACAUUUAGUACAUUUUCUCUUAUGUUCGAGUUGCAGCGUAGAAAUUACCGGGGGUUAUAGAGAGCGUCUUGCUAGUCAGUAACAAAUGUUCAACAAGCAGAUCUGUCACUGUGAUCACAUAAAUAUAAUUCUGUUGUUCUCCCUUUGGUACUGUAUUUUUUACCUGUACUACCAUUGAACUAUAUGUAUUGUUCGUUCGUAAAAAUUACUCUUAUCGGAGGUUUGAAUGCUAACUUUGUGCUAGUUAACAUUCAUGAAUAGAGAGUAUCUAUAAUCUAAAUGCGAACUAAUGCUCUUCAAAGGAAUCAAACCUACAUCAGCUAUUGUUACGUUAGUGUCAUUGAUCUAUUUUAAUCGUGAGUAAAAUGUAAGCUGUAGAUGUUGAAUUUACCAUAUUUCACCUGUGUAUAACUACCUAUAUGAUUUGAAGCCUAUCUGAAUAAGUGAUAUGUUUAACUUACUAGACAUUUGUUGGCUGUUCGCUCAUUUAAUGUGCACAAAUAGUUGGACAACACAUACUGUUCAAUUAUAUCAUUAAUUAAUGUCAUUCAAUAUCUGUAUUUUGUUAACCAUCAUUUUCAUUGCUGAUUUCCAUUUCUUCACUUCCUUCCCUCUUCCCAAAUAUGAGAUGGUCGAUGAAUACUUAUCAUUCAAGAAUAUGCGCAAAAUAAUUAGUAAGUUUAUUAUUUAAGAAAUUUUGAUUUUAGUAGUCAGAAUUUUCGUUCUACUACUUUCAUAACAUGAGAUUUCAUCAUAGUUUAUGCUGUUACAAGAAGAAUUCUGGCUUAUCGAUUCUAGAAACCACUCUAUAACUAACGGUGUGUAACACUUGACUUGUUGACAAUUAGAUAUUGAACGUAGAAUACAAUGAAUAACCUGAAUCGUUAUUGUAGUAGUGCUUUGCUUUCAAGGCAGUGGCUAAGUGGAUAAGGUGUUCAUCUUUCAGCCAUUAAGUCUCAAAUUCGAAUCCCGUCCCACCUACUUCAGUCUGGGCUAUGUGUAGUUUCAAUAGCCAUUACACGAAUCUAUACCUGAUAAGUGAGAGAGAUUUGUAUGGUUUUCAAAUGCCUUUUUCGCAAAAAAACUAAUAUCAGUUAGUUGAUUAGUCAUAACUAGGGAGUACUCUGCAUCCCAGUUCCGAGUCUAUAUACAUUCGAACUCCAUAUGACUAUCAUCAGGUCUUGUUAUAAGCAUAAUAUUUCACAUCACUGAGUUGGAAUGCAAUAUCGUUUUUUUUUUCAAUUUCAGUCAACCUUUAUUAUGUGCUACAAUCCUCAUUAAUCUUCUCUUCGGUCAUUUACUGCUCCAUUCCUAACUUGGUUUACUUUGGCUCAUUUGUACUUUCUAAGUAGCAUGAAGGAGAAUUCAAAGCACCAUGAAUUAUUAUUAGAAUAUGUAUAGAUUAUUUUGUUCUUACUAUCUCGUUGUUAUUGCUCAAACACAUCUAAUUUCGAAUUAAUUUUUGUACACUUCCUACCUUUUAUAAAUUCAAUCAUAAAAUGAUAAGUAGUUAGAUAUCUUUUAUACUGUUCUCAAUUUAUACUAUCCUGUGCGAUCAAGAUAUUCGCCCCCACUCCAUAAUCAUUUUGCAUUUAAAAAGCAAAAUGAUAUAAUAGGGGAUUAGACUC